AUGGAACUGGAUCAGUCUCUGGAUGCGAUUAUUGCUUCUAAGCCCAAAGGCGGCAUUCGUAAGAGAAGACCUCGUCAAAACAAGCCUAAAACGCCAGCUGGAAAGCAGCAGACGACAAAUGCCGUAGCCGCCAUCAAAACCGUUAUUUCGGAAGAAUCAAAAAUUAUUGUGUCUAACCUGCCUACGGACGUGACCGAGGCUCAAAUCAAGGACCUUUUUGUGCAGUCAAUCGGCCCCUGCAAGCGCGUUUCGCUCGCAUACGGUCCUAACGGUCGGUCAAAGGGUAUUGCUACAGUGAUUUUCUCGCGUCCUGGUGACGCAUCUCGCGCGUUUGAGCAAUACGACGGCCGUAUGGUUGACGGAACGCGUAAACUGAGAGUCGAAAUUAUCCUGAAUCCAGGCAAGCAGUUGAACUCCUUGGCUGCACGUGUUGCACCCUUAGCCAAGACAACGAAGGCAGACUCGAAGAAAAAGCAGGCCAGAAAGCCCGCCAACAACAACAGACGUCGUAGAGCACAACGUCCAAAGAAAUCGGCUGAAGAGCUGGACAAGGAGAUGGAUGACUACUUUACCGGCGGUGAAGCUGCUGCUUCCACAAACACGGAAAACAAGGAGUAG